AUGGACGAGUUAUUGGAUUGUCUUGGUUCAGAACUGUCAUACUUUUAUCGGAUUUUUCCAAAAGAGCUUUUUCAAGAAAUUGCCUAUCAGACAACGUUGUAUUCCAUGCAAACCAAUCCUGAAAAACCAGUUGCUGUAAAAGAGGAAGAUAUAAUUAGUUUUGUUGCAUGCGUUUUGUAUAUGUCUGUUGUCAAACUCCCAAGCACAAGAGAUUAUUGGUCGUCUUCCAUUGGAAUUGCUCAUGUAGCUAAUAUUAUGCCCGUAAACCGCUUUGAAAAAUUAAAAAACAUUAUUCAUUUUGCUAACAACAACUCUGCUGACAAAGACGAUAAGCUUUUUAAGAUACGCCCUCUCAUAAACAAAAUGAAUGAACAGCUGAACAGUAUUCCAUUUGAAGAAAAUUUGGCGGUUGAUGAGCAGAUUAUUCCGUUCAAAGGGAGACAUUUAAUCAAACAAUACAACCCUAAAAAACCACACAAAUGGGGGUUUAAAGUUUUUGUUCUGAGUGGUGUCUCUGGCUUCAGCUAUAAUUUUGAAGUUUACUGUGGAGGAAGUGGCAACAAUUGCUUUGAGAAUGAACCAGACCUUGGGGCAAUUAGUAACGUUGUCAUGCGCCUAGCCCGAAUCCUGCCCGAUGACACUAAUCAUAAAUUGUAUGUUGACAAUUGGUUCAAUAGCAUUAGUUUAAAUGUUUAUAUGUUCAAGAGGGGAAUUCAAAUGGUUGGAACUGCACGUAGGAACCGUGUUGGAAAUUGCCCAGUCUUGUCAGAUAAGGAAAUGAAGCAAAGGGGUCGCGGAGCAUUUACAGAACAUGUUGCCAAGGUUGACGGAGUUGAUGUAUCGGUAGUUUCCUGGUUUGACAACAAAGUUGUAACUUUGAUGUCCAAUUUUAUUGGAAGUGAACCUUCAAUUGAGGUUAGAAGAUUUUCAAGAAAAGAUAUGUGUCAUAUCAACAUUUCCUGUCCGGGAGUAGUCACUAUCUACAACAAGCACAUGGGGGGAGUCGACUUGCUUGAUUCUCUACUUGGCUAUUACAGGAACAAGAUUCGGUCAAAAAAGUGGUAUCACAGGAUCUUUUUCCACUUGAUUGAUAUGUCCAUAAUCAAUGCCUGGAUUCUUUGGCAAAAGCGUAAUCCGUCAACUCCACUUGUCAAAUUCAAAUUGGCGGUAGCAGAUUUGUUGUCUAAUUACCAGGUGUCGCGUAAACGAAAAGCAGGUCGCCCAUCACUUGCUGACAUCACACAACGUGUUGGCUCAAAAAUUGCCAUUACCCAUGAAGCAAUUCAGUCUGAUCAAGUUGGACAUUGGCCCAUUUUCAAUGAAAAGCGGGCUCGUUGCAAAUAUGACAAGUGCUCUGCCUUAACAUAUUUAUUUUGUGAAAAGUGUGACACUGCUCUGUGUCUUAAUAAAGACCGCAACUGUUUUAAAGCUUUCCAUCAAUAG